UGACAAUCGAAAAAGAUUCGUGCGAUCAUUCAUAGUACGUAGCCUACUCCGAUCGAUAUAAAAGAUCGGACAGUGCACAGGUCACCGUUUAAAUUUCUUCGCAUGUCACAGGGGAAGUGUCACUGAUAUUUGACACUCCACUGGGCUGGUAUUUUGAAAAUUUCGGAAUAAAAUAAAUAGUCCGAGAGUAACAGGAAGUUUGAUGUAAUUUUGUUUUAGUCUGUGAUGGGCUAAGAGUGUGUUUUUGUGUGGUCCAGUAUUUUUGUGAAUAGUGUUUUGGAAAUAAUAAAAGAAUAUGGUUAAAGAAACCUUUGAAAUUGCUGAGGCAGAGAAGAAGAAUGGAUUUGUUAUUGAGGAAAAACCCGUAGAAAAAGCUCCAACUUUUGGAAAACGUCACAGCCAAGUACUCAUCUUGUUCGCACUGGUGUUUCUAGCUUAUGGAAUCAGAGUAACCCUUUCUGUAGCUAUUGUGGCUAUGACUACACCGUCAGCUAGCAGCAAUCCAAAUAUACCAACGUAUCCAGAUUGGAAUGAUAAAAGUAUUGUAUUAUCAGCAUUCUUUUGGGGAUACAUAAUACCACAAAUUUUUGCUGGCUGGAUCGCAGGACAAUAUGGUCCAAAAUGGUUUUUGGUCGGUUCUAUGACUGUAUGUGGUGGCAUGUGUAUAGUCCUACCCGCCAUGGCAGCCCUUUUAGGGUCCCUGGGUGUGAUGGUCAGCAGAGCAAUACAGGGAUUGUGUCAAGGAUUUAUAUUUCCCAGUGUCCAUUGUGCUUUAAGUCGUUGGGUACCACCUGAAGAAAGAUCUAGAUUAGCGACACUAGUAUAUGCAGCUGGUCCUCUUGGUACAGUUGCUGGUAUGUUGUUAACUGGAGUGAUCUCAGCUAGUAACUUAGGUUGGCCCACUGUGUUCUACCUCUAUGGAGCAGGAUCCAUCGCAUGGGCUGCUUUCAGUGCACUCUUCAGUGCGAACAGUCCCUCAAGUCAUCCGAGCAUAAGCGAAGCAGAGAGGUACUUUAUAGAGAACAGUUUAGGACACACUGAAGAUAAACCGAAACCUAAAACUCCUUGGACAGCAAUUUGGACAUCCGUACCACUGUGGGCCAUCCUUAUCACCCACUGCGGUCAGAAUUGGGGUUUCUGGACAUUGAUGACUGAAAUACCAACUUACAUGAGCAAAGUAAUGAACUUCGAUAUCAAAGCAAACAGCGCUCUAUCAGCAUUACCGUAUUUGGUACUGUGGAUUCUGAGUUUCUUCAUGAGCUUUGCUUCUGAUGCUUUGAUAAAUAGGAAUAUCUUGACAUUGGGACAUGCGAGGAAGUUAUUCAACUCAAUAGGAUUGGUUAUACCUGCGUUAGCUCUAUUCUUUCUGGGUAUUACACCAGGAGAUGAACCAAUAAGGGCAGUAGCUUUGCUCGUUGUAGCCGUUGGAUUCAACUCCGGGGUUUACUGUGGUUUCAACGUCAACCAUGUUGAUAUAUCACCUACCCACGCAGGUACUUUGAUGGGUAUUACCAAUGGUAUAUCGAAUAUCUUUGGAAUUGUUGCACCACUUAUGGUACAGUUUAUAGUAACGAACGAGACUGAUGCUACUCAAUGGAAAAUAAUAUUUUUCCUCACAGCUAUCAUAUACGUAGCCACCAGUUUAGUUUUUAACUUCUUUGGAUCUGGAGAAGUACAAAAGUGGAAUGACAAACCAGAAGAUUGAGAUUGAUAGAGUAUAACGCAGUAGGAAAGAACUUCAACCAAAGAAUAAAAACCUACAAAGAAUCUGUGAUAACAUCUUAAUAUAUAAUUACGAUAUAUUAAUUAGCAAAAUAAAGUGGAGGCACAAAAAUGCGGUACUUAUGACAAAACGAUUUCAAAAUUUUCCAGUCUGUUUUAUAUCAUGAUUCUGAAAUUCAAAAAACAUUUAAGUGUGAAAUAUUCAAUAUAAAAUACUUUUUGAAAAGUGUAAUGUAAGUCUUUAUAACGAGAGAAUAUACAAUUUUCACAGAGUGUCAUCCUAAAAAAAUUGCCGUUAAAACAAUCUACAAUAGAAAUAAGAUGACAGACAAUAGUUUUAUUGUCACUAUUUGGGUAUUCUCUUGCUGUACAGACUGUCCAUAGGUAUAAUAUUUAAGAAUAAAUAAUUGUAACGAAAAUGUAUGUCUUAGAGGAAAAAAGAAAUGUUAAUAUAUUUUUUGUAUGUUUGUAUCUAAUUUGAGUGUUGUAUUGUAAUAGCAAAAUGUAUAUGCUGGUUUCAUAUACAAACUUCAAUGCAAUUUGUAUAAAACGAUUACCUACGUUAAGUUAUCUUAAUUUAAUUUAAUAAUUUAAUUUAAUUUGACGGAAAUGUACCAUUUUUAAAUAAGAAUAAAAAAAUAAUUUAUUUUG